AUCGGGCUCGUUUGACCCGGGACACGCACACAUUAUUCCUUAAAAAUAAAGAAUAAAAUUAAAAAACCACCCUGCUGAGCUUGUCCCUGUGGCUUAAUGUGCUUUGAAACCCAGGGCGUUGCGGGGUGAGGCAGUUACCCCUGCCCGGAGGCUGCCCCUGCUCGUCCUCAUGUCGCUGCGCGCCGGGACCCCGCUUAGUCUGGGCAGGAGCGGGCGUUGAGGUGAAGCCAGCUUGGGCGUCUUAAUGGAAAACAGCUUUUAAUUCAGUGCGGGGCGCAGGGGAACGAAGAGUCGUCACGUCCGCCCUCGUGGCGUUCGGGGACGGCUGGCUCACCGCGCAGAUGGAAAACGCCCCAAAGCCUAAAUGCAAAGUAGACAUGAGUGCAAAUCCUAGCACCUGUCGGGUAUCCAGGUCUAGAGGAAAAAGCAGCCAGGACUCGUAGCAGAGAUCGAGCUUUCUCAGGUCUAGUUCCCAAGUCUCCGAAGAUGCGUUCGCAGGACGGCCUUGUUGAGGAAGGCAGCAAAGUUAUAUUACCAAGUUCUAAAUUUUGCCAUGAUUGUGUCUUCUGCACUUAUGAUAUGGAAAGGUCUGAUCGUCGUCACAGGAAGUGAAAGCCCCAUUGUUGUUGUACUCAGUGGCAGUAUGGAACCAGCAUUUCACAGGGGAGACUUGUUAUUCUUAACGAACUUCCAAGAUGACCCAAUCAGAGCUGGUGAAAUAGUUGUUUUUAAAGUCGAAGGCAGAGAUAUUCCUAUAGUUCACCGAGUAAUCAAAAUUCAUGAAAAAGAGAAUGGAAAUAUCAAGUUUCUGACUAAAGGUGACAAUAAUGAAGUUGAUGAUAGAGGACUGUACAAAAAAGGGCAGAACUGGCUAGAAAAGAAAGAUGUUGUGGGAAGAGCAAGAGGGUUUUUGCCUUACGUUGGAAUGGUUACCAUAAUAAUGAAUGACUAUCCCAAAUUUAAGUAUGCUCUUUUGGCAGUAAUGGGAGCAUAUGUAUUACUGAAACGGGAAUCCUAAAGAAGAAAGAAAAUGUCUUGCCCAAGAUUGAAGUUAAUUAUAUUGGAAAAACUAAUAUAUUUCAGAUGUUCCAAUUUCUUUAUAAGACUGUGCAAACUGUGUCUUGUACAAAUAAAUUGUAAAAUUAAGAAGUA